AUGGAACAUCCAAAUGGUCAGCUAAAUUAGCAAUUACUGUCAUAUGUGCGCAGGGUCUGAUUGGUAAAGACAAAACAGGGACAAGUGACCCCUAUGUCACUGUUCAGGUUGGGAAAACUAAGAAACGAACCAAGACCGUUGCCCAAGAUCUUAACCCUAUUUGGAACGAAAAGUUCUACUUUGAGUGCCACAAUUCCUCUGAUAGGAUCAAAGUCAGAGUUUGGGACGAAGAUAAUGAUUUUAAGUCAAAAGUUAUGCAAAAAUUAACUAGAGAGUCAGAUGACUUUCUUGGCCAAACUAUCAUAGAAGUACGGACACUAAGUGGUGAAAUGGAUGUCUGGUAUAAUUUAGAGAAGAGAACUGAUAAAUCUGCAGUAUCUGGUGCUAUUAGACUACAUAUUAGUGUAGAGAUCAAGGGAGAG